GCGCAGGCAUUGCAGAGGCCCUUAUCCUUCCUAACCGACGGGGAGGACGGACUUCCAGUGGAAAAUGGAGGGAACGCUCUCAUUUUCCUUCGUCUCUGCAAUCUAUUGUCCAACUCCGAAUAACCAAACACGCUGUAGUGGGUUUUUCAGUUCUCGUACAUAUGAUUCUAUGGCGGGGGGAUCCUCGUCCACCGACAGAGCGCCUAAGCUUCAAUCUGUAAUUUCUUCAAAAACCGCAGAAAGGAACUCUGUUUCCGGAUCUCCAAGUUCAAGGAAGAGCAUGCAUAAUGUGAACACCGAGGUUUCGCCUCACAGAGCAGUAUCUGCUGUGAGAUUGUUGAGAAUCGAACAGGGCGGAGCAUUUGCUGACCUGCUGAGUGAUAAAGGUCGGAAAGCUCUGAAGAAUGAGAUGGAUUAUGUUGAGAGGACACUUGGUUUUCGCACCCGGGAUUUGGAGGAUAGAGAUAUUAGAUUGGUAUCAUAUAUUGUUGGAGGUGCUGUUAGGUGGAGACGAUAUCUGGAUCAUCUCAUCUUGUCUCUUUGUAAGCUCUUUGUAAGGAGGAAGGAGGAGAAGACAUUUAGAAACAUGGAACCACUCUUGUUACAGAUUCUUCGCAUUGGAUUUUUUGAGAUCAUCAAGUUAGAAAUGCCCCCAUAUGCCGUUGUUGAUGAGAACGUUAGGCUUGCUAAGGUUUCUCUCAGACCUGGUGCAGGGAACAUGGUAAAUGGAAUAAUGCGGAAGCUUGUUAGGCUUAAGGAAAGGAAAUUUCUACCUCUACCUAAAGUAGAAGGUGACGAAAGAGCUCAAGCACGUGCUCUUGCUACCAUUCACUCUCAUCCCGUUUGGAUGGUGAGGAGGUGGAUGAAAUCUCUCGGGCAGGAGGAGGCUGUGAAGUUAAUGAAUUGGAACAACACAGACCCAAGCUUCUGUCUAAGGGUGAACCUUCAGAAAGGCAACACACGAGCUGACCUUGUGAUGAGGCUGACAGAUAUGAAGGUUCCUCAUAAGGUUUCUAUUUAUUUGGAUGAUUUUAUUCGUUUACCAACUGGCAUGCAGGCCAUCAUUCAGGCUGGCCUGUUGAGGGAAGGUCUCUGUUCAAUUCAGGAUGAGAGUGCAGGCGACUGGAACAGCAGAAAACAACUGAGAACGACUGUUUCCGGUCGGCUACAACAAGGGAAAAUGUCGACAACAAUGACGGGGAAUGUGGGGGAUUGCAGGACAGCAAGAGGACAGGUGUCUGGCAUGGCCGCAGCAAGGACAUGUGGCUUGAAUUGGAAAAAUGCAUGGAAAAUAACAUUGUGUGGCUGUUUGGCGGCGGCUGCAAUAAUGGAGGCUGACCAAGGGUGA